GAGAGGAGAGGAGAGGAGAGGAGAGGCCAGCCGGCACAGACCGUGGAGGCUGCCAGGCCGGUCGCUGUCGUCGUCGGGUGGAGGGAGGUGGCGGUUACGGCGAAGAAGGCCAAUAGAAAAACGCGGGAGGGAGCGAGAGAUCGGGGGAGAUCUCCGCGUCGCUGUCCGCCCGCGUUGCUCCUGGAUUGCAGCCAGACUUAGCCCUCAAUCCAUCCGCGCUUUCCGGCACCACCCACCCCCCGGCCGCCGCCAUAUAUACCCCCGCCGCGGCCUUGCCCCGCCUCUCGAUCCAUCGGCUGGCGAAAGCGAGGGGGCUUCCGAGUAAGCAGGAGUUUCUUGGGUAUAAGAUUCUCGGAUCCCCGAGGAGACGGCGAAACGUUGGCCCGGUGCUCCACCUCUGCAGUCGGCGUGCUAUAAGUUUGCUCGACAUCUAGCUUCUAACUAUAUAUAUAACUUGGAUCAGCAGAAGAAGAUGGACGCUUUCACCCAUGUCCCUCCCGGCUUUCGUUUUCACCCAACUGAUGAGGAACUCGUGGAUUACUACCUUAGGAAAAAGGUAGCACUGAAGAAGAUAGACUUGGAUGUCAUAAAAGAUGUUGAUUUGUACAAAAUUGAGCCUUGGGAUCUACAAGAAAAAUGCAAGAUUGGAACUGAAGAGCAGAACGAGUGGUACUUCUUCAGCCACAAGGACAAGAAGUACCCGACCGGCACCCGCACCAACAGAGCAACGACUGCGGGGUUCUGGAAGGCCACCGGAAGGGACAAGCCGAUCUAUGUGACGAACUGCCUCGUAGGUAUGAGGAAGACGCUGGUUUUUUACAAGGGCCGGGCGCCCAAUGGACAGAAGUCAGACUGGAUCAUGCACGAGUAUCGCUUGGAGACCAACGAAAAUGGAAUACCACACGAGGAAGGGUGGGUGGUCUGCAGGGUAUUCAGGAAACGACUUGCAACCGUGCAAAGAAUGGCCGGAGACUCACCGUACCCGUUCAAUGACCACGUCGGGUUCAUGGCUCCGGAGCUCUGCUCGCCAGGGCAGGCGGCGGUGCACCACCAGCAGAGCGCCGUUGUGUACCACAGGCACCAGAGUAGCUACCCUUGCAAGGUGGAGCUAGAGUACCAUCGCCUCCUUCCCCAGGAACACUUCCUGCUGCUCCCUCAACCUGAGAGCCCCAAGCUUCCUGACCUCAUUGGCCAUGUAGCCACUACUCUGCAACCGUGCAGCCUUACACAGGAGCAUGGCGCCUCUCGCUACACGGUGCAGGCCGAGCUCCAGACCGAGCCGCUAUAUCUGACGGCCAGGGAUGCAUCAGGCACGGAUUGGAGGGCUCUCGACAAUUUCGUGGCGUCACAGCUCAGCCACGGGGAUACCACCCUGAAGGAGUCAGCUAGUUACUCCAAUCAGGUGCAGGUAUAUCAGCAGGCUGAGGAGAAGGAAGAAGAGGCAUUGGACUUCGUAUCGACGUCAGCCUCCUGCGGAGGGGAUAAUGAUUUGUGGAAAUAACAACGUAAAUGAUAUACAUAUAAAUAUACACUAAAUCGCUAAUGCAUUGCAUUAUACAGCUAAUAGCAUUGUGGUGUGAUGGAUGUAACGUAGUGUACAAGUAGCCAACCAAUUGAUGUCAUUAUAAAAGGGUAUGUACAUAAUAAAGUGUAACCCAGGAGGUUACACUUUCAUGCAUAAAUUGGCAUAAGGUCUGAUGUUAAUAAGGUAGCUGACAGCUGAAGCUAAAGGAGCUUUAGCAUCUGACCUGUCAAUUCGUGAAGUAUAUAGUUACGGUGUCAAAGACAAUGCAUAUUUGUAUUGUCCAUGUAUAUCAGUGCAGCUACGGUCAUUCUUUUAGUCAUCACCUAGUGUAUGUCCUCGUUUUUAAGAAAAUUAAUGCAUCUCAAUUUAUGAGAA